CAUGUGCCCAAAAGAUUAUUUCUUGUCUCGAUAUUUUGGAAAUUUGGUGUAAAACAAUCUAAAGUGCUGAGUCAUGUGUCCAAAACAUGUUAGUUCCUGUCCCGAAAUUUGUUAGAAAACUAUUUAAAGAGUCUAUUUAUGAUAAGUAAUUAGUGAUUAGUCUAACCCUGUGAACUGUUAACAUACAUAUAUACAUAUGUAUGUAUAAGUAGGUAAGCUGGGACGGAUCCAGAGUAGAUUUUUUUUAGUUGGGGGGACUAUAUACACUUGCAACUCAAAGUCUUUUUCUUCGCGGAGUGUCACUUAUGAUGGAAAUAAGGUAUAACUUUUAACUUUUGGGGUGGAGGGGGAACUCUCCGUGUAUAUUUAUUAUCGCACACCCGCUGCGCGAUUUGACUUUGCUAUAGCACAACCCCCGAAUUAAAACGAUUAUAAAUACUAAAUAUGUAUACAUGCAUAUCUUAAGAAUCAGCGUGCCGGUUAUUCGAUACGGUUGUGCUCUCCAAUCAGUUCCAUCGCAGCGCUGGAUGCGUUUGGCUCGUUCUAGUCAGUGUCAUUUAGUAUCACUUUGGCAUUUAUUGUUAUACACAUUAUAUAUUUAUAAUAACAAACAAGUUUGGAUAUUUCCAAUUACAAUUAUACACCCAUCCAUCGGCUGUUGUGUCGCAUUGUUGAUUCGAAAGUGAAAUGGGCACCUUGUUACGUAUUACAUUCGUGGUCCUAGCGAUUGUCGUAGGUCUGUGUGUGUAUAAAUAUCAGGAACUCACAAGUUCAGCGCCAAUUCCCCAACUGAACGAUGCGGAAUAUUGGGGACCCGGCAGCGCCGCAAAAUAUAAGGAAAACACUGCCAUUAAAGCUUUCGAUAUAAGCGCCAAAAAGGAGUUAAUUGAAGAUCUGAAAGCGCAGCUGUCGCGACCGCUGGUGCUCACCGAACCCCUCGAAGGUGUUGGAUUUCAAUACGGCUUCAAUACUAAUUACUUGAAAGAGGUGGUGGCAUACUGGCGCGACACUUACCUGCCCAAGUGGGGUGAGCGCGAGGCCUUUCUCAAACAGUUCCCGCAUUUUGAAACACAGAUUCAAGGUUUACGAGUACACUUUAUUCAUGUGAAGCCCAAGUCCAUCGAAGGUAAAAAGGUGGUACCUCUGUUAUUGAUCCACGGCUGGCCAGGAUCAGUGCGCGAGUUCUAUAGGCUAAUACCGCUGCUGACGAAACCGAACCCCAAGAGUGAAUAUGUCUUCGAAGUGAUAGCACCCAGCUUGCCCGGUUAUGGUUGGUCUCAGGGGGCCUCAAAAGUAAACUUUGGACCCGCACAGAUGUCGUUAGUGUUGCGCAAUUUGAUGCUCCGUUUGGGUCAAGAGAAAUUCCUAAUACAGGGUGGUGAUUGGGGCGCUAUACUCGGUGCAAACAUCGUUACUUUAUCGCCACAGAAUGUGCUCGGUUAUCAUUCGAAUUUUUGCUUUAUUAUUGACCAUCCAAUGAUUCCCCUUCAUAAGUUAUUGCGAAAUUGGUUUCCGAGCUUCUUUAUAAAGGAAGAAAAUAGAAUAUUUUUAAAGCCUUUGUACAAAGAGUUUAUCCUUAAUUUGGAGGAGUCUGGCUACAUGCAUAUUCAAGCAUCCAAACCAGACACAAUUGGCACAACGCUCUCACAGAAUCCUGUUGGUUUGGCCGCAUACAUCUUAGAGAAAUUCUCCACAUGGACCAAUCCUGCAUACAAGCAACUCGAGAAUGGUGGCCUCACCAAACGCUUCACUUUAGACGAGCUUUUGGAUAUUGUCAUGAUUUAUUACACUACAAACUCGAUAACUACGUCUCAGCGCUUGUACUCGGAAGGAUUCACUAUCGCUCACUUUGCUUUAAAUUUGGACGCGACGCACAUAAAUGUGCCUACCGGUUGUGCACGCUUUAUUCACGACUUCUUACCUUUGACGGACUUCGAGCUUGGAUUGAGGUUCAAAAAUAUUGUGCACAGUACCUACCACAAAGAAGGUGGUCAUUUUGCAGCAAUGGAGGUUCCAGAGACUCUUUACAGCGAUUUCGUCGAAUUUGUCGCUAAAGUAUUCACCAAGCCACAAUCAAAGCAAUAGUCGUUCGAAGACAUUUUUUUUGUAUAAAUUUUUUAUUUAGUAUAAUUUCUGUUAAUAUUUUUCUAGAAAAUAAAGCACCUAAGUCUUUUUUCUUA